AUGAGCGAAGAAGAAAGCAUUUCAUUUGAAGGAUUGUCAGAACUUGCCCUGAAUUCAACAACAGAAUCAAGUACCACCGAUGAACAAAAACAAUCAUAUACACCAUUAUUUAAACAUGAAGGACGAAAAUUUAAAACCUUGUUGUUCUCCACGAGUGCUUCCGAUGCGUUCCAUACAGUAACAUUGAACCGAUUGCAACAAUACACGGAUCUAUUGAUCGUAAAAGAUGCCAGUAAUUUUGAUCAAAAUGAUGAAUCUUUGAUGCGGAGGGAAAUUUUGGAUACGGAUCUCAUUUGCUUUGAUCCCUAUUCAACGAUAAAAGAUAUUUACGUGCCAUUAAUCAAUGAUCGGGUUGAAAGAGGAGAGUUGGCACUUGUUUUUUUCCGAGGAAUUGACUGUAACAGCGCACCUUACAUGUUACAAUAUGUAAAUGUACCAUACGUUGAUUGGGCAAAUAGCUCAUCCUUCUCUCUUGAUAUUGAUGGCAUUCGAAAAGUUGACAGUCAACAUUUGAAUCGAUUUUUACGAAAAUAUCAUUCAUUAACACUCAAAUUUUCAGCAAAUAGAGAGAAAUUAAUUGAUUUUGAUGAAAAUGGAGUCAAAAUUCUUAAGGAACUUACUGCAAAUAUAUAUGAACAUUUUUUCAAGUUAGAUCUUUCUGGUAGCUAUAUUUGUGGGCAAUCUUUUAACAAAAUGGAGAAGGAAAACGAUUGGUUAACCUUUGGAUACGGAAAAGGCGAGCAUGAUCAUGUCGGACGAAGUAUUCUAGUACACAAGACAUACAAAGUGAUGUUUCCUCAUUUCUAUGGAUUUUCAGAACAGGAUUCCCAAUUCAGCAAGGAUCUCUUACGAUGUUUGUUCGAAUAUCUUUUAUUGGAGCACGGAAAGAGGAAGGGAUCAUUGUUCUUUAGUCGACUUCUCAAAUCCAGUCAGCAAGGUCAAUUGAGCGACAUUCUCAUUACCAGUAAAGGAGAUUAA